AUGCGACAGAAAAAGAAUGCUUACAGGUCCUACGUUGAAGCAAUCCCCCUAGACCAAGUUGACUUAAACCCCACAUUUCAAAACAAGUUGCAAUUCAACGGAUACACCGGUGAGGCCAUUAUCCAUCUUGACCAACCGUCGUAUCAGAAACUACCCAAUUUGCAGAAAGACCAAAGAGGUGGUCAUUAUAUUUCUCCACACAACACCGUCAAGUACGCCAAAGUCAAGAAGCUAAGCAAUGGCAAGGUUGGACAUGGCAAAAACAGCUAUUCUCGAUACAGGUACAAAAUCAGCAUUAAAUUCACACAACCCCAACUCGAAUUCAUUAUCAAGACGUUAUUCAACAACGUACAGGCUGAAUCAUACAUAUACGAUCACGACUUGGACUUACCUGUUCCUCAAUUCCAUCAGGAUGUUAUAAACUUACCAACACUGCUUAUUGAGCCUCGGGAUGGUUUUAGUGAAGCCUUUAAGGAAAUGAUUACACUAGUUGCCAAUUUCAACCCACAGCAGAUUACAGAUUGGCAAGAGGUUGAGACAGUGAUACAAAAGCAGUAUACUAUGCACAAUGUAUAUUGUGAAUCGAUCACGUCGGCAAAAUGGGAUGCUCUUUUGCUUGAAACUAAAGACUCACAUGCAGUUAUUCUAAGAGAGGAAAUAGGGGCGCUUGUUUCUGAAGAAAAGAAUGAGCUGGAUUGA